ACUACCUUAACGAUUUGCUCUCACUCCUAACUUCACAACCAAAAGCAUUUAACAGAUUACAUUUUCACGUCCUAAGCAAACAAUCCAAAUUCACUCUUUCAGUCUCAAUUUCAUAUAUUUAUUCUGAUUUUUGUGUGAAUCGUAAUUUUGAAAUCUGCGGAGCUUCGAGUGGUAUCUCUGAGAUCAGAUAGAGAUGUCGAAUUUCCCCGAUUCCCCGACAAAGACGAAUUUCGAUUCUUCUCCGGCCAACCUGACGCCGGCGUCUACUUUACAAAAUAUGGAGCACCAAACGCAACCGGGAAUGGGUGGCGGAGUCGGCGGAAUAUUAAGGCGAUGGAAGAGGGACGAUUUGUUCAAGAGAGGCUCGUUGGGAUUGAGAGGGAUGGCCCUCGUUUUCUCUCUGAUCAGUUUCAUCGUCAUGGCUUCCAAUAAGCAUGGCGAUUGGAAAAAUUUCGAUAAAUACGAGGAAUAUAGGUACGUCCUGGCGAUUGCGAUUCUGUCGUCACUGUACACCGGCGGCCAAGUGCUCCGGCAAGUUCAGGAAAUCUCCACCGGAAAGAAUUUUCUUCAUCCAAGAACGGCUUUGCUGUUGGACUUCAUUGGAGAUCAGAUAAUGGCGUAUCUGUUGAUAUCAUCAGCAUCCUCAGCAGUGCCAUUGACAAACAGAAUGAGGGAAGGAUCAGACAAUAUAUUCACAGACACUUCUGCUGCAGCCAUUGGCUUCUCUUUCUUGGCAUUCUUUGCUGUUGCUGCUUCCUCCCUUCUUUCUGGCUACAAAUUAUCAAUUCAAUCUUAUAUCUGAACUUCAUCAAAAUUAUAACUCUGUUUAUCCGUACAUUACUUUUGUGUGAAGAAUGUAAGAGAUAGAUAGUAAGAGGGGUUUGGAGUGUGAGUCUGUGGGAGUAGUAUUUCCCUAUUUUGUGUUCAAAGUUCAAACGCUUUUGAUGUCAUUAGAUUUCGCUUUUUAUAUUUCUGACUAAAAAUUCACAAUUUAGUAAUCAAAAAAGGAAACUUUUGACUUUGUUCA